AUGGAUAAAAAUACAUUAAAAAGAAGAAGUAGGCUUCUUCAAAAAAAUGAAGCACGCAUGAGUAUGUUAUUAGGAAGAAAUCUGGAUGACGAAAUUUCAAAGGAAAAAAAAGAAAGUAAUAAAAAUGAUAAACAUAAAAAAAAUGACAAAUCUAAUCAAAAUGACGAACAUAAAAAGAAUGAUGAACAUAAAAAGAAUGAUGAACAUAAAAAGAAUGAUGAACAUAAAAAGAAUGAUGAACAUAAAAAGAAUGAUGAACAUAAAAAGAAUGAUGAACAUAAAAAGAAUGAUGAACAUAAAAAGAAUGAUGAACAUAAAAAGAAUGAUGAACAUAAUCAAAAUGACGAACAUAAUCAAAAUGACGAACAUAAUCAAAAUGACGAACAUAAUCAAAAUGACGAAUCUAAUCAGAAUGAUAAAAAUAGAAAGGAAAUACCCCCAAAUGAGGAAAAGGAUAAAGAGAAUAAUCCAAGUAUUAUUAUGGAAAAUAAUAAUAAUAUAACAAAGGACCAAGAUAAUAAAACUAGUGAACAUAAAAGUUCAACUAAUAUAUAUAAUAAAGAUAAAAAUAAUAAUUAUAAUAAAUUGCUAGAUAAAGAUGAUAAGAAGAAUAACAAUAAAAAUGUUAAUAAAAAUGAUGAAAAUGAUUUUACAACCAUAAAUAAUAAUAUACCUAAUAAAAAUAAAAUAACAUCUCAAUUUAUUAUUACUAAACAUGAAAAAUUACAUUUUAUCAUAUUAAUAAUUUUAUGUAUCUUUAUAAGUAUUUUUAAAGUAUAUUAUAAUAAUAAAAAUAAUUUAAUUUAUAAAAAAAAAAAAAAAGGAAAUAAUAAUUUAAAUAUUAUUCAGAUGAUUUUUUUCAACUUUAUAAAUUCACCCAAUUUUUUUUUUUCCUUUUCUGUUUUUUAUAAUAUACUUUUUUUGUUAAUUAUUAUGUUAAUGUAUAUAAAAAAAAAUAACAUAACACGAAAAAGGAUUAAAGAUUUUUUUGUAAAUAUGAAAAAUAAAUUGAAUAAUCAAAAUGAACACGUUUUUUAUUUUAUAAAUAAUGCAGUUUUGUGUAUCCUUUUUAUGGGCCGAAUAUUUAAAUCAUAUAUAAUUUCUAUGUUUUUAAUAAAUUUGUUUCACGAUAUUUUGCAUAAUUAUUUAAUAGGUGUCUCCAUGGUACAACCCCAGAAGGUAGUAUUAUUAUGA